GUUGUUGUAGCGGCAAACACAGAUUAACGGCGCUGUCGAGUUGUACCCCUAUGGAUCAUCCGUCCAGGACAGCAUGACGCCCAAAACUGACGAUGGAUCCAGUCCCGCUUUGACGGCGAUAACUGGAUUCAAAUACUACGGGACUGUUUACAAUACUUUCUACGUUAACAAUGACGGGUCGAUAACUUUCAAAGGACCGGCACAAUUCAGUGACACGACGAUGUAUGCCCCGGGCACGACGACGGCCGUUUGUGCCUUCUGCGCCGACAUCUCCAUCAACAACGGCGGCACGGUCUGGUACAGGCAGACGACCGAUGCGGCCUUCAUGGCCGAGCUAGCAGAGACGGCGCAACAGUUCGGGAUGUUCGAUCCAGGAUACAGUCCGGUUUCUGCUCUAGUGGUAACGUGGGAAGACGUCGCAGAUUACUUUGCGACUCCAGACAAGCGGAACACAUUCCAGGCUGUGCUAGCCACUGACAACGAGACGUCGUCGAUGGUGUUGCUGUUGUACGACAAAAUGACGUGGGUCAGGGACACCAUAGACUACGCAACACAAUUCCCCGAGGCAGACCCAGCUACCUUACCGCAAAUAAGAACUCAGGCUGGGUUUAUUAGCGGAGUAAACAACGAGCUCCAUCUCCUGGACGGGUCAUGGUCCAAUGAGUUAAUCAACGUCACGCUCUUGUCGAAUAUUGGAAUUCCAGGAAAGUACCUCUUCCGAGUCGAUGUCGAUAUCACAGAACCAACAUUCGCAGCAGCAACAAACACUACAACGGAGACAACAGCCAUUCCACCAUCGACAACAGCCACUCCACCACCACCAAUAGUGACAACGGCCACAACAACUACACCAACAACCAUUCCACCAUCGACAACAGCCACUCCAACUACGCCAGUAGCGGCAACGACCACAACAACUACACCAACAACCAUUCCACCAUCGACAACAGCCACUCCAACUACGCCAGUAGCGGCAACGACCACAACAACUACACCAACAACCAUUCCACCACCGACAACAGCCACUCCACCACCACCAAUAGCGACAACGACCACAACAACUACACCAACAACCAUUCCACCAUCGGCAACAGCCACUCCAACUACGCCAGUAGCGGCAACGACCACAACAACUACACCAACAACCAUUCCACCAUCGACAACAGCCACUCCACCACCGCCAAUAGCGGCAACGACCACAACAACUACACCAACAACCAUUCCACCAUCGACAACAGCCACUCCGACAACAACCACUCCAACAACCACUGCAACUACGCCAACAGCAGCAAACGCAACAGGAGAAACACCAACAAUAUCAGGAGAACCUUGAGUCCUUUUGCCAUAGAAGGUCAACAUGAACCUAUAUCGGAAUUGGUGUGGCGGUGUCCUGAUACCAAUCCAGUCAAUUUAACCCCAAAAAUUACGUAAAUCCUAAAUAAAUUAGAACAAAAAU